AUGUCGUCGAAACUCGAACGACCAUCAUCACUUCAUGAUUUAAUUGAUGAUAUUAUUGAAACACCAUCAUCAUCUAAUCCAAUAUCUUUUCGCUUGAGAAAUACUUCAAAAGCACUACAAAAUCGAAAUUAUUUAAGUUUUUCAAGUAUACCAUCAUUAUUUGAUAAAUCGAGAUUUGAACAAACAGGUCAUUCAUUAAUAACAUUAACAAAUGAACUUCAUGAUCAUGCUCAUGUAACAUUACCACGUUCUAAUUCAUCAAUAAUUUCAAUGAGUAAUGAUGACCGACGUAAAGAAAUUGAUCUUAUUAUAAAAUAUUUAUAUGAUGGAAAAUUAUUAACAACAAUUAAUGAUGAUCAUGCUGUGUCAGAUGUUUCAGAUCCAUCAAUGCAUAUGUUAAAUAAAGGACCAAUAACAACAACAACAACAACAACAACACCAAUAGUCAAAAAUGAUGAGGAAAACAAUAAUAAUGUUGGAAAUAUUGAUUUCCUACCACUUGAUAUUGAUACUUCAACACUUCAACGAGAAUUACAAGAAAAAGAACUCGAUAUAAUCCAUUUACAUAAAGAAAUUCAAGAAUUACAACUUGAAAAUAAAUUACUCAAAGCAAAAGUACCAACUGUUUAUUCAAACGAUUACGCAAGUAAUAAUAGUGAAAUAGAAGCACUUCGUCGUGAAAAAGAGAUUUUACAAAAUGAACUACAUACAUCACAAGAAUUAAUUGCAAAAUUUCAACAACAACAGCAACAUUCUGUACGUUCGAACAAAAUCGAUGAAAUCACCUUACAACAAAAAGAAAUAUUAGAAAAAAAAUUAAAAUUUUAUGAAAAACAGAUGCGUACAUUAACCGAUGAAAAUGAAAAAUUAAAACAAAAUUUGCAUCAAACUGAACGAAUCAUUGCACAAUAUAAACGAGAAAAUGAAGAAUUACAACAAAAAGUAACUGAAGCUAAAAAACAUAAUGAUGAAUUAUUUUUUCAAGAAUUUAAUUCAUUUCGAAAUGAUUUAAAAAUGCUUAAACAACGAAAUAAUGAAUUAUGUGAACAAAAUCUUCGUUUACAACAAGAAAAACUAAAUUUUUCUUGGCAUUCAUCUACUCAUGAACAACAACAACAACAACAACAACAAAUGCCAUCUUCAUCAUCAUUAAAAAUAUCUAAUUCAGAUACAAAAAAUUUGAAAAUUUCUCGAAGUGAAAGUCCAAAUAUAUCUGAAGCAAGUGAUUCAACAAAUUAUUUAGCAACAGUUAGUAUUGAUCGUUAUCAUACUCGGCUUUCACCAUCUGCACAUCGUUCAAGAACAGUAGAUGAAAAUCAUCAUUGUUAUCGUACAAAAAAGUACAAUUCAUUUAUUGGACACGAAGAUAUUCAUCGAAAUAAUUCAAUGACACCUUUGUCGAAAUCUGUUGAUCAACAAUUCAAUUUUCAUUCAUCAAAAAUUCAACGUGCUAUUCAAUGGAAUGAAGAAAAUAUCCCAAAAAAUGAAGAUAGAUUAUUUCUAUUAGAUAUUACAAAUUAUGAUGAUGAUCAUCAAACUAUAAAUAAUACAAAAUCAUCAUCACAUUUUUAUCAAUCAAAUUAUCCUGUUCAUCGUAGUAUGACAUUUAAUGAACAUCAACAUCAUUCACAACGAUCAAUGAAUAAUGAUACGAAUAAUCAUCGAGAUGAUCGUCGUCAAAGUCGAAAACAUAUUGAAAUCGCUACUCCUCGACGUCCAUAUGCUCCAUUAUCUAUUAGUGAUAUUCAUUUAAAUGAUUUAAUAAAAUUUACUCGACCAGGUGGUAAAAUAAGUAAAGGUAUUGUUAAAUAUAUUGGAUCAUUACCUAGUAAAACUGGUCAAUAUCUUGGAUUAGAAUUAGAAAAUGAAGAAAGUAAACAUGAUGGAGUUUAUCAAGAUAAACGAUUAUUUCAAUGUAAACCAAAUAAAGGAAUAUUUAUUGGAUUUAAUAAAGUAAUUAUGGCAUGGAGUGGAACAUAA